UGGUAUACGCAUGACCAGGUUCACAGUAGAUUUCUGGUUUUAGUCAUCUCAUUUGCAAUUGGCCCUCCAGUAGGCACUAUCACACAUGCACACAUACACAUACACAUACACUCUUAAGCUAGGAACUGCAAGGUCUUAGUAGCUUAAAACUCCCACCCUCCCAAUUUAACAGUAUCUCUUUCCAUUUUAGAAUGUCCCGAAGUAGGUGCUUGUUUUAAAAGUCAAAUGGAUAAAUGCUGUACUUAUUUUGAUAGUGGAAAGUGAUGCAUAAAGUGAAUUUUCUAGUCUUGGAGGGUAAAAUUGAUCAUCUUGAAAAUUUACAUUAUGAUGUUAAUGCAUUAAAUCUCUUACCUGAUUUCUGAAGUAGGACUCUUCAGAUGUUGCAGAGGAAAUUUAUUUGUCAAUUGAACUUUGCUACCUCUCCUUUCUCGUUCCUUGUUGCUGGUCAGUGGACGACAAGUUUCUAACUUUUCUUUUUCAUCUUGAGAUUUUGAGUUUCAAUAACUGUUCAUACUUGAAUUUUUUUCUUGUUAAAUGAACUUUUCAUUAAGGCUUAAUACCAUGCUUUGUGUACUUGUUCACCAUGCCAGUUUCCUUUGAGAUAUGAUGUGGGGACUUUUAAGGUGCUUUUUCUUCAAAUUAUUAGUAUUAGUUUUUCUUUUAGUUGUGAUACAGGCACAGCAGCUCUAAUGCCAGCAUGAGAUUCAUUUUUUCCAAGCGAAUCUUUUCUUUCAUUCGGAUAUUCGUUUAGAAGAUUUAAAUGACAAUGUCCAUCUCACUUCUCUUUUGUAUCUUUUCUUGUAAUGGGGGAUUCUCCUUCAAAGGUUUGUCUACAUAUUUAUUAGUUGGGUGAGCUCGUCAUUAUAAAAAAUGGGGAGUACAUUCAAUCCACAGAUUUUAGUGGAAAAGCUGGCUAAGCUCAAUAGUUCGCAGCAGAGCAUUGAGACUUUAUCGCAUUGGUGUAUUUUUCAUAUGAACAAAGCAAAGCAGGUAGUUGAAACAUGGGAUAGACAGUUCCAUUCUUCCCCUCUUGAGCAGCGACUGGCUUUUCUAUAUCUAGCGAAUGAUAUUCUGCAGAAUAGUCGGCGAAAGGGUUCAGAGUUUGUUGGUGAGUUUUGGAAGGUUCUUCCAAAUGCACUUCGUGAUGUAAUUAAUGGGGAUGAGUUUGGCAGAAAUGCAGCACUUCGGUUGAAUGGGUAUUGGGAUGUUUUUGUGGUUCUACGGCCUAACCGCAUAGGUUCCCUCCUAGAUGGAUUUGGAAGUCUACGCUAG